ACUGUCAGUGUUAAUGUCAAAAAGUGGCGCCAAAACAACACUUUUGGUCUAAAUGUUGCAUUUUCUCAUUUAGUUAAUUUUAUUAAUUUGUAAUUACUAAUUAUUUACUACAUAUACCGUUUGAAUUAUACUUUGCUUAGCCAUUCUGUAAGUUUUUGAAUAUAAACUUAAUAACUUGACCUAAACAGUGUUAUGAAUUUAUCUAAUUUGCAUCAUUUUAAAUAAAAUGAAUUUAAAUAUUAAAAGGCGUUCAACAAAAAGUCUCACUACAGGUAGUUUAAUAGAAACAUAUCCACAUGACUUACAACUAUAUAAAAUUCCACCUAUUGAUAAUAUUUCUUUGCAAGAAUUUGAAUCGUUAGCUCUAGAGCGACUUAAUUUACUAAGAUGUUUAGCCACAGCAACUACUCUUAAAAAUUUACGGCCAUACUCAAACGAAUGGAGAGAAUAUAUUAUAACAGAGUUACGAAAUAAAGGCUUAAAAUACUACGCAAAAUUAUGUGACAAAUCGGCUUGCGGCAAUACUGAAAUGGACCUACAAGCAAGGCGCAAAGAUCACAUUGCUCAUUUUAUACUCAGACUGGCUUAUUGUAGAACAGAAGAACUUCGACGAUGGUUCAUUGCAAGAGAGCUGGAGCUCUUCAGAAUGAGAUUUAUGACAAUGAAUACAGAGUCUGUGGACACAUUCUUUAAGUUGAAUAACUUAUGUUACCUAAAUAUUCCUGAUGAGGAGAAGAACAAUAUAAUACAUUAUUUAAGAGAAUCUACAGCUUAUCAGAAUGUGGAUAAUAUGAAAUUUUACAAAGUUAAGUUUUAUGAAGUUUUAGAUUUAGUAAAACUGAGGAAAGUUUAUCUCCAUGGUGGUUAUGCUUAUAUUCCACAUAAAGAUUUUGUAUCAGUGCUCUCAGCACAGUUUAGAGUACAUUUAAAGCAAAGUUUAGCUGUUGCUUGCCAUCACCUUGGUGAGAUUGAACAAGAUGAACGACUGGUAAGCUUAUUAAAAAGCUUGCAUCAAACAUAUACUGGAAAUGACUAUACCAAUACAAAAGCGAUCAUACCAAUUGAAAGUUUGGAUUCUCUGUCUGUUAAAUCUUUCCCAUUAUGUAUGAGGCAAUUACAUGAACAGUUGCGUAUGGCCCAUCAUUUAAAACAUUUAGGAAGACUCCAAUAUGGCUUAUUUUUAAAAGGCAUUGGUGUUACUCUUGAAGAUUCUCUCAGAUUCUGGAGGGAAGAGUUUACAAAGAUAAUGGAAUUGGAUAAAUUUGAGAAACAGUAUGCUUAUAAUAUACGUUAUAAUUAUGGAAAAGAAGGCAACAAGAAGAAUUAUUCUCCAUAUAGUUGUUUAAAAAUUAUAAAUUCACCUGUUGGAGCUCAGGAUUGCAGUGGAUGUCCAUAUAGACAUUGUGAUGUUAGUAACUUGAAGAAUAAGUUACAAGGAUAUGGAUUUGAUCCUCAAACUGUUCAUGAUAUAGUUGACAUAACAAAAAAAGGUCACUUCCAGGUGGCUUGCAGCAAGUAUUUUGAUGCAGUCCACAAUAUUGAUUUGGGUCUCGGUAUUAAUCACCCAAAUCAAUAUUUUGAAGAAAGUCAAAAAUAUCUUAAAGGUGAAAUCAAGAUUGAGCCCAAAAAAGAAAACAAUUCUAUACCAAAAGAGUCUAUCACUGAUAUACAUGAAAUGGAUUUAGAUGAAAUUGUAGAAGGAUAAUUUCAGGUUUAAUUUUGAAGAACUACAUUAUAACAGCAUUUAAUA